CGUGUAGUCGGCGAAAUGCAAACGGUUGGGCUUUGAUGCCCUGAUAGAAGUAACACUGAAUGCGGUCUACUGAAUCACAAUGUUCUAAAGGGGUUAAAUCACGGAAUCGCAGGAGAAGGGACCUCAAGAGAUCAGCGAGUCCAACCCCCUGCCCUGCAGGUACCCUACAGUAGGUCAUGCAGGGCCAAGCUGUGAAAGUAUCCUGUGGUGAUGAGCCCAUAUACUUGAGCUGGAUGGAAAUAAGGCAUCGAGGUCACCGGAGUGAAAAUAUUGCAGAGAUGAACAGGCAUUUAGCAGAGAAACUUGGCAUUGCAGAUGGAGAACAGAUAUUCCUGGAACCCUGUUUGCACGUCUCCUCCUGUCAGCAAGUAGAAGUGGAACCACUCUCAGCAGAUGAUUGGGAAAUACUGGAACUGCACGCUCCCUCGCUUGAAAAGCAUCUUCUGGACCAGAUCCGAAUUGUAUUCCCAAAGGCCAUCUUUCCUGUAUGGGUUGAACACCACACUCACAUUUACAUCAAAAUUGGUACACUUAUGCCAGCAGCCCCCUAUGGGAGAUUAGAACCAUGCACAGAGCUUCUGAUAUGCCCGAAAGCGCGUGAGCUUGAGGAAAACAUCAUAGACAUGCCUUCUACAGAAAGUGACAUCCUACUCAAGAGUUUUGUGAAAAAUAACAUGGAGCAAGACGAAACUGUAAAGGAGCCUUUUGCCAGUCAACCUCACUUAAAUCCAGGAGUCCCUGAACAGAGUAAGGCUGAUGCAAAUGUGACGUUUGGCUCAAAUGUUCUCCCAAAUAUGUGGAAUUUCAUAGGGAGCAUUUUCUCUCGUACAGCUGAACAGAAACAAAAGACUUUGUGUGAUAAAGAUGAAAUGAGCACCUUCAAAGACAAGCUGCUGAACUUAAUUCACAUGGAUUCCAUUUUUAGAGUAUGUCAGUCCCAGCCUCCCAGCGUACAGAAUGCAUCAGCCCUUCAUGCAUUUCUGAAAUACAAUGCCGUUCAUAUUUUUCCAUGGAAUUUAGAAUUUACUGAUUUGGAUCCAAAUGCUGUAGUAUCUUAUGGGAAAAUAAACGAGGUGCUUUCCCCCAGACAGCGUCAUCAAGAAGCAAAGCAAAAUCUGCCAUCUGAAAAGCAAAAACAUUUGACUAGUACGCAAGACAAAAAUAAUUCCAAUAGCAUUCAAGCGUCCAGUGAGGGAUCUGUUGUUCAGAUCGUUUGGAAUGGAUUUGAAGACCUAAAGAGUGUGAUAGAGUAUGGCAACGGUGGGGAAGCCCUUCAUGUUGGAAGAGUUUGGAUUCCAGAUGACCUGAGAAAAAAGCUACGAAUUGAAAUGCAUUCAACAGUCCGAAUUAAGUCACUUGAAUCUAUUCCUAAAAUUCCUAUCUCUCUUAGACUGCAACCCAAACAGAAUUUACAUAAAGAUACACGUGAAGAUGAUGUUAAACAUGCUUUCAGUGCUUUGCUGAAGGAUUCUGCUACUGAGGAUCUUCCGUGGAUUAUGACAAGCACAAACUGCAUACAUCUGCAUAUUAAAGAAGGAAUGGAGGAGUUUGUCCUUAGUGUAGUGGAUCACAUGCACACUGAAGAAGACAAGUCUGAGAAUACUUUUAUACUGAGUCCCAGUUUGCUGCAAAAGACUAAUAUACAAGUUCUUUUACAGCCUCUAACUCAAAAAGCGGAUGAUGACAGCCAACUGCCUAUGCGUGAUACAGACAGAAACCUUCCUUACAAAAGACUAAACCACUUAGGUGGAGUGGACAGAUUAGGAGCGUCUUGUUAUGAACACAUAAGCCACAGUCUUUUGGGUCGUCCUUUAUCUCAAAAGCUGGCUGGCAUCGCUGUGGGACUGCGAAGUGGAGGGGUGCUUCUCACAGGAGGAAAGGGAAGUGGAAAAUCAACAUUAGCAAAGGCCAUCUGCAAAGAAGCAUUUGAUAGAUUGGAUGCUCACGUAGAAGUAAUUGACUGCAAAGCUUUAAGAGGGAAAAGACUAGGAAACAUAAGGAAAAAUGUGGAAGAAGCUUUUUUAGAGGCAUCAUGGAGACAACCAUCCAUUAUUUUAAUGGACGAUCUUGAUCACAUUGUUGGAGUACCUCCUACACCAGAGCAUGAGAACAGCCCUGAAACAGUUCAGAGCAGUAGACUUGCUUACGUUUUGAAAGAUCUGAUAAAAGAAGUUAUUUCCUUGGGGAGUUUGAUUGCAUUAGUUGCUACAAGUCAGUCUGAACAUGCUCUACAUCCUUGCCUGGUUUCAGCUCAAGGAACUCAUAUAUUUCAGUGUUUCAAACAUAUCCAGUCACCAGAUCAGAAGCAAAGAUGUGAAGUGCUCUGUUCUGUGAUAAAAAACAAACUGAACUGUGAUGUAAAGAAGUUCUCCGAUCUCAAUCUCCAGUAUGUUGCAAAAGAAACAGAAGGUUUUGUUGCUCGAGAUUUUACUAUGCUGGUUGAUCGUGCCAUUCAUGCCUGUAUUUCUAACCAGAAUGCAUUUCAGCAUGGCGCAGAAUUGAAUCUGUCGACUGUGGAUUUUCAGAAAGCUUUAAAAGAUUUUACUCCAUUAGCUCUGAGAAAUGUCAGCCUUCAUAAACCUAAGGACAUUGGCUGGGAUAGAAUAGGUGGCUUAAAAGAUGUGAAGCAAGUACUCAUGGAUACCAUCAUGUUACCUGCAAAGUAUCCAGAAUUAUUUGCGAACCUGCCUAUACGACAGAGAUCAGGAGUCUUGCUCUAUGGAGCACCUGGAACAGGAAAAACACUGUUAGCAGGAGUAGUUGCUCGAGAGAGCGGAAUGAAUUUCAUCAGUGUCAAAGGACCAGAGCUGCUCAGCAAAUAUAUUGGAGCAAGUGAACAAGCAGUUCGAGAUAUCUUUAACAGAGCUCAGGCAGCCAAACCUUGCAUUGUUUUCUUCGAUGAGUUUGAUUCCAUUGCUCCUCGCCGAGGUCAUGACAACACUGGAGUUACAGACCGAGUGGUUAAUCAACUGUUGACUCAGUUGGAUGGUGUGGAAGGUUUACAAGGUGUUUAUGUGCUAGCUGCUACUAGUCGCCCAGAUUUGAUUGAUCCUGCUUUGUUAAGACCAGGUCGACUGGAUAAGUGCCUGUACUGUCCUCCUCCAGAUCUGAGUUCACGCUGUGAAAUCUUAAAAGCUCUCAGUCAUUCUCUGUCCUUGGCAAAUGAUGUGGACCUUGAGUAUUUGGCUGCAAAAACAGAGCACUUCACAGGGGCUGACCUAAAAGCUUUAUUAUACAAUGCUCAGUUAGAGGCAAUACACAAUUUAAGCUCAGGUUUAACACAGGAUUUUGGUUCUAGUUCUGAUAGUGACUUCAGUCUGUCUUCCAUGGUUUUUCUAAACCAUAGCAGUGGUUCAGAUGACUCAGCAAUAGAUGGAGAAGCAGCACCUGAGCAAUCUCUUAUUUCUUUGGACAUGUCUGAGUUACUUCCUGAAGAUCCACGGUCCAACAUGUAUCGUCUUUAUUUUGGAAGCUCUUAUGAAUCAGAGCUAGGAAAUGGAAGUCCUUCAGAACUGAGCUCUUUGUGUUUGUCUGGACCAAACUCUAUAACUCACGAUUUUACCAGCAUCUCUCAGAGAGACACAGCAUCGUCACAACCUUCAAUGCUUAGAACAGUCUCCCAAGAAGACUCACUGGAAAAUAACCAGGAGCAGCAAAUAGAGCACCUGAGGACAGAAAUCAAUGCUAUCAAAGCCAAUUACAAAAGCAAGAAUGGAGUAUGGCAGUUUUGUGAGGAUAGCACCCUUAAUCAGUCUGUGCUUGCCAAGAACACUUUAAUUAUUACCCAGUCCCAUUUGAUGACUGCUCUUGAGGGUAUAAGACCAUCCAUUAGCCAAGAUGACUGGAAGAAUUUUACUGAACUGUACAAUAAUUUUCAGAAUCCCAAGAGGAGAGGACAAGUUGGGUCAGCAUUCAGACCAGGACAAAAAAUGACUCUAGCAUAGUAACUUUUAAUGUGCUUAUAAUUACUGAAUUGUAAAUGAAAAUGAUAAAUGAGAGCUUAAUAUUUAAGUGAUUACAUGAGAUUAUUUAUAUUCAUAUGGGUUUAUUAAUGCAGCGGUUGAAGAAAAAUGUCUUUCUAGUUCACAUGCUGUAAAAUUAUUUCACAUUUUAUUUUGAAGAAAAUUAUCUUCCUGGAAAUUAAUAUUAAAUUUUUGAGAGAAAUUCUGUUAUGUUAUGUCCAGUUGUUUACCACAAAAAAUUAAAUUUUGAUUUUAUCAAUAUACAUUGCCACAACCUAAUAAUGAUCUCCCUGUCUAAGUAAACUGUACUGUGUAAGGCAAGAAAUGAUGCACUGACAUUCUGUACAGCUUUUUUCUAAUGGCUUUUGGAGGGCUCAGAGAAGAGUGCUACUUCGUAUGUUUAUUGAUGGGCCAACAAUACUAGUAAGUAAUACUUCCAGAAGAACUGUAGCCAAAAAAGAAGAACAUUAAGACAAAACAACAUAAUUUUUAUCUUGUCUUUUGCCACCAUUAAUUAUUCAGAGUAACAUCAAGUUGCAUUUCAUAACAAUCAUAUCUUUCUAACCCUAUCUUCUUCUUGGAGACUUGAAAAAUCUCUCGUUUGGAAGUUUUCCUGCUUUACAUGGGGUUACAGUCACGUCUACUUUCUUACAGUGAGUUUGCUAAAGAGUUGUCUUCCUCAGCUGAUAGCUAGAUAAAGUCUUACAGCAGGGGAAAGGAAAAGGCCUGGAAAGAAAAAGUACUGGAGAUGUUUGCUGUGAGUCCUUACCACCCUUUCAUAAGGGUGCCAAUACUGUGGGCUUUUGCUCACUUUUGCUGAUCAUCCUUCCCUACUGUUUACCUCUGAGAUAAUUAGAAAGCAUUGAUUUUUCUAGCUGUAAUUACUAUCAUGUGCCUUCUCAUACCUGUGGGGCACUGGCAGCAUUACCCCUCCUGUGAUCAGGUGAUACGCCUGGCUUUUAUUGACAUUGCCAGCUGAUGCUGACCUUUCCCCAGCAGCCAGCCAGCUUUUCCUUGUAGUCGAGGGACCUCUGAAGAGACAAGAGAUAAAUAUAGAUACGAGCACUUAUCUUGUUUCUAACGUGCAACUGACACUUUCACUUUGCAAACAGGAAUUCCAUUCCUGCUACUGUCCCAGAAUGUUUCUUAAAAAAGUGCUUAGGCAGCUUUGACUCCAAAACUGAUUCAUAUUUGGAAAUUUCCUCUUACAAAUGUGUAGCUGCUAAAUUCUUCAACUGCUGCCUUGGAAAGAAUGUACCUGUUUUGAAGUGAUCCAGAGUUCCAGAUUGAGUCUGCUGGUGACAUCUGACAAAAAGCCUGGGGCAGAUAGAUUCAGCGUGUGCUGACAGGUGGUGGUUGUGACAGCAGAACGGCGAAAGCAAGUUACUGGAAAAAGGUGAUGUGAGUGAGUUGAUUCUGCUAAAGGCUGGCUUAGUCAGUGCAAUUAACUUUACAGAAAGGCUCAGGUGUCUGAAUACGGAGAGAAUUUUGUAAUUCCUCAUGAUCAAAACUGACAGGCUUGCUUUGCCACAAGUCAGGGCAUUAAAUACCAUCCAGUGUGUCAGGGUUGUUUAUUGUUAUGCUCUUCUGCCACAAAUCCUAAUUGUUUUUUGUUUCUGCUGUACAAUUAAAAAAAAUC